AACGAAAUGUCAAAGUUGUUAAGAAAUUGGUGGGCAUCUUUUCCUGUUUGGAGGACAUCAACAAGAAAAUUGAAGACAACAAUGUCUGUCGAUAUGAGUUCAUCGGGGUCAACAAGUCCAACAUCGAAAAGUGGACAGGCUUUGCAAAAACUAAAGGAAUUUGGCUAUGCUUUCAAUUCGGCCGGACAAUUACGUAAAAUUGAUAAAACCACUGGAGAAGUGACUGACGAACCGUUUGAAUUUGAUGUCUACAAGGAUCAUGCCAAGAAUCAGGCCCACUAUGAAAAAUUGGCUGAUCAAAUACCCGAAAUUGUCUAUGACUUGUUGGAACAAAACGGUUUGACACGAACAUACAUUCCUGAACAGGUGCCAGCCGAUGAGGCGACAUUUUUCUUCACCAAGCCAGAACAAUUGGAUAAACCGAAAAAAUUGAUUGUUAUUAUACAUGGCAGUGGUUAUGUUCGCGCCGGUCAAUGGGCCAGAAGUCUUAUAAUUAACAAUUCCCUGGAUCAUGGAACCCAAAUACCCUAUAUAAGACGGGCUGAAGAAUUAGGUUAUGAUAUUUUGGUGACCAAUACAAAUGAUAAUUAUCGCAUUGUUGAUGGCAAACGUAAACCCAUACAGGGUUUGAGUUCGGCAACCUCACAUGCUGCGCAUGUGUGGGAAAAAUAUGUUAUGGCAUGCGAACCGGAGGCAGUGGCCAUUGUGGCUCAUAGUGCUGGUGGUGGAGUUACCUUGGAUUUGGCUCGUCGUUAUCCUGAAUUUUUCCAAAAUAAAGUUUUCGCCAUUGCUCUAACGGAUUCCGCCCACUUUGGUAUAAGUGGUGAUAUACGCAAGAUAAUUGCCGGCAAAACAUGUAACUGGGUAUCGAGCAGUGAACCAUUGGAUACGGAAAUUAAAACAUCCAAAGAUGAUAUUAAAAUGGUUUCAGCAGGUCACACUAAACACGAAUGGACUUCGUAUUCCGCAUUUGAAUCGGUUUUCAAUUUCCUAGAAGAUAAAUAUGCGGAAUUUAGUGGUGAACAAAAAAGCAAGAAACAAAAAUUGGAGGAAUAA